CGGCGCGGGUUCCGCAGCUGCACCGUCUCCAUGUCGGCGAGUCGGCGAUCCCGGCGCUCCGUCCCUCAGCGCUCCAUGACUCCCCGCCCCGCCGCCGCUUCCGCCCGCCGCCGGAUGCCGCGGGGAGCGCCCGCCCCGGCCCGGCGAGGGCGCGGCUUCCCGGGCGCGAUGGCCGCGUCCCCCGGUGCGCUGCGCCGGGCCGGCAACGAGGAGUUCCGCCGCGGGCAGUACGGCCCGGCCGCCGCGCUCUACACGCGGGCGCUGGAGCAGCUCGAGGCCUCAGGGGAUGCCGCCGCCGAGGAGCGCAGCGUGCUGCUCGCCAACCGCGCCGCCUGCCACCUCAAGGACGGCGCCUGCAGCCUCUGCGUGUCCGACUGCUCCAGCGCCCUCGAGCUGGUCCCGUUCGGGAUCAAGCCCCUCCUGAGGCGGGCGGCGGCUUACGAGGCUCUGGAGAGGUACGCGCUGGCCUACGUGGACUACAAGACCGCGCUGCAGGUGGACUGCUCCGUGCAGGCGGCGCACGAUGGAGUCAACAGGAUGACUAAAGCCCUGCUGGAGAAGGAUGGCGUGAACUGGCGUCAGAAGCUGCCGCCAAUCCCCACAGUGCCUGUUUCUGCCCAGACAAGGUGGAGCAUUCCUUCUCCCGGAGCCCCUGGGGCAAACACUCCUCCUGCAACUGCACCACAGGGAAAACCAGACCAAACUGCUGCUGGCAUGGAGAGAGCUCAGACUCUGAAGGAAGAAGGAAAUGAACUCGUAAAGAAAGGAAACCAUAAAAGAGCGGUUGAGAAGUACACUGAGAGUUUAAAGCUCAACCAGGAAUGUGCAACUUACACCAACAGAGCUCUCUGUUACCUGACCCUGAAGCAAUACAGGGAGGCAGCACAGGACUGCACAGAAGCUCUAAAGUUAGAUCCUAAGAACGUGAAGGCACUCUACAGGCGUGCUCAAGCACUUAAAGAACUGAAGGAUUACAAAUCAAGUAUUGCUGAUAUCAAGAGCUUGUUGAAAACUGAACCAAAGAACACAGCUGCACUGAGAUUACUUCAAGAACUGAACAGAGCCUAGGGUAACCAAGCAACAAGGGAAGCUUUGUUUUCCACUACAGGAGAAAGCUUUUUCCCUUCUGAUGUUGUUACAGGGACCAAUCUUGAUGCAGGAUGGGUAUUGAAAUCUAUCUUCCACUGCUGCUGAGAUCUAAGAGGUUCUGUACCAGCAUAAGGAAUGUUAAGACACAAUCUGUAUCAAACUCUAUUAAUAUGGCUCUAAGAUCAUGCAUAGUUUUAAUGCCCCUCCCUGGCUGGGAGGUUCCCUUCCCUGGUUGAAGUCAACUUGCCUGUAACUAUUGGCCUCAGGGACUCUUUCCAUGCUGGCUGAGCUGCAUGUGAAGUGGCUGUUCUUUCUGAAGAGCUACGAACAGAGGGGUUUUUGUCCUUAUUCAGGUGACAGUUUUGCUGCAUUUGUGCUGCUCUUACUGAAAUAAGGUGGCUGCAAGAACUGCUGUAGUUGCCAGAGCACCACAUACCCUUCUUGUAACAGGGGCACAGUUACUUGCACAGGGCUGAGCUUGUUCCCUCACCCCCUUGAUGCCUGCUGGCCCUCAGCUGGGUUCUGCUGCUUAGUGUGGCUGGGCAGAUGUUUACAGUAGCAGCUUUCUUUAGUUAUUCUGCACAUUUAAGAAAACAGCAGCAAGUUCAGCCUGCCUUGUUACACUGUGCACUAUUACAGAUUCUGGGUGCUUGGGAAUUUUGCAAUGGUUUUUUGUCUUUUUUUUUUUUUAAAAAAAAACCACUUUAGCUCCUCUGUGCCUUUUGGAGCAGUUGCUACGGGGUGUUACAGGGAGGAGAAUUUUCAGUAACAUCCCAGCUGAGGUCUGGCUUACUACUUCAAUGCAUGUUUAUGCUUUUUGUUCUUCUCCUGAUCUGGUAUUGAUGGCACUGAUUUAAAAUGGUAGGUAAAGAGAUAGUUGGAGUUACUCUGUGAACUGUUAAAACCAUUAAAGCCAUGUUUAUUUUCA